GCCAGACAUUAUUAAACGAACACCGAUCCAAAGUCUCGAUUCUAUCUGUGUUCGACUUGUAGGGUCCUCCUUCACACCACAUGGCAAGACUACACGGGAGUUGAACGUCUGUGCGUAGCUGCACAGCUAAUUUUAAAACUUUUAAUCUCCUUCAAAGACUCGGAUAGAAGAAACAUGUCACAGCUACAGGCGAGGUUUUUCACACAAGAUAAAAGGUACAUAGUAGACGACGUUCCUUUCUCCGUCCCGGCUGCCUCAGAAGUUCAGGACCUCAGUAAUGUCAUCAACAAGCUGCUGGAGGCUAAACAUGGGUCUCACACCAAGGUGGAGUUCGACUUCUUGGUCAAUGGUCAGUUUCUGCGAGUUCCCCUGGCCUCUCACAUGGAGACAGAAGGAAUAUCAUCGGAAGACGUGGUGGAGAUUGAGUACGUGGAGCGGAUUACGGCCCCCGAGCCACAGGAGUGUUUGAUGCACGACGACUGGAUUAGCUCUGUUGACGCAGACGCUGAAUGGAUCCUCACAGGUUCUUAUGAUAAGACGGCCAGGAUCUGGUCUACGGAGGGAAAAGCUGUGAUGACGGUGGCCGGACACUCCGAUGUUAUCAAAGACGUCGCCUGGGUCAAAAGAGACGGUCUGACGUCUCUGCUCCUGACGGCCUCUCUGGACCAGACCAUCCUGCUGUGGGAGUGGAACUCCGAGAAGAACAAAGUGAAAGCCAGGCACUGCUGUCGAGGCCACACAGAAAGUGUGGACACCAUUUCCACAGACCCCACCUGCUCUAAGUUCUGCAGCGGUUCCUGGGACAAAAUGUUGAAGCUCUGGUCAGCAGUGCCUACAGACGAAGCAGACGAGGUGGAGGAACCUGCCGGCAGACCGAGGAAGAAGCAGAAGACUCAGCAGCUCGGCCUGACCCGGACUCCUUUGAUGACAUUAUCUGGACACAAUGAAGCAGUGUCUUCUGUCCUGUGGAGCAGCAGCGAGGAGGUUUGCAGUGCAUCCUGGGAUCACACCAUCCGAGUGUGGGACGUUGAGAGUGGAGCAAUGAAGACUACGCUGACGGGCAGUAAAGUGUUUAACUGCAUCUCCUACUCUCCGUUGUGUCGACGGCUGGCCUCGGGCAGCACGGACCGACACGUGAGACUCUGGGACCCUCGCACCAAAGAUGGAACUCUGGUGCUGCUGUCUCUGACCUCCCACACCGGUUGGGUCACCGCUGUCAAGUGGUCGCCGUCAAACGAGCAUCAGCUCAUCUCCGGUUCUCUGGACAACCUGGUCAAGCUCUGGGACACCAGAAGCUGUAAGGCUCCUCUGUAUGACCUGGCAGCCCACGAGGACAAAGUGUUUUGUGUGGACUGGACAGAAAGUGGACUGAUGCUGAGCGGUGGUGCAGAUAACAAGCUGUACACCUACAGAUACUCAUCCUGUCAGACGGACGCGGGAGCGUAGGAUGCGGACAGCCAUCACCGCAGGAACACACAUCCAUCACAACUGCCAGAACUGCUGGACAAAAAAAAAAUCCUUUUUGCUUUGUUCGUUCUGUAUCCUGUUUUUUUCCCCACACACACCUUCUUAUGGCUCGUCUUUGUUUGUAUCAGUCAUAUAAAUUAAUUUUGUCUCCCAAAA